GUACUUUAUUUCUUACAAACAAAAAGGAACGGGGAUAUGAAGUUGUUUGUAUGAAGAGGGCAACAUAUGAAUAGUGGUCCAUUUUCCACCAUUUAUAAUCGGCAACAGGAAACCAUUCGCUAAGAAUCAAGUCCUCUCUUGAUAGUCAGAGAAUUGUACCUUUAAACCCAAAAUUAAGGAUUCGAUUCUUAUCGUGUUUAGUCUAUGGUUAAUUAGACAGGUGGUCUUGCACGUCAAGAAACUGACACGGGUGGGGUGGAGUGUCUUCCUAAUAUAUAGUGCAAUCCACUUUCCUAAUAAGUUUCAUCCCGUUGUAAGAGCAAGACAAAAAGAAAAAAAAAAAAAAACCAUUAAUCUAAUUACUGAUGGCUUCUCGCAUUUCCAUCUCACAAACUAAUUAUUCCAUCUUGAACUUGAAGAAUCAAACUUGUAGUUUCCCGAGAUAUGGUUCCUCCUACAGCUCCUUAUCCAAACCAUUGAUCCCAUCAAGCCCCAUUUCAGCUAUUAACCCUUCUUUUAGCAGUCAUGGCCUUCAAGUCAAAAAUCAAAUUCGUUCUUGUUACAGCUCUAGUAAGACAAAAACAACAUCAACCUUAAGCUCCUCGAAAGUUGUCCCCCUUCUCGAUAAACCUAAACCUGGGCAACCUGAAGAAUAUGUAGAGAUUCGAGACCAGCGUAUAGUUUCUUGGAUCGAUUCAUUGCCGGAGAAGAUUCAACCGUACGCGUAUCUCAUGCGGUUGGACAGGCAAAUUGGAACCAUCAUUUGUGCAUGGCCAAGUAUGUGGGCAGUGGCGCUCGCGGCGGCGCCCGGCUCGUUGCCGGAUUGGAAGAUGUUGGCAUUCUUUUACUUUGUGUCUUUCUGGUACAGAAGUCUCGGGUGCACCAUCAACGAUUAUUUGGAUAAGGACUUUGAUGCACAGGUUGAGCGUACAAAACGAAGGCCUAUUGCCUCUGGGGCCAUUUCAGGACUUCAAGCAAUGAUAUUCCUGGCUGUUCAAGUGGUACUCGGUUAUGCCAUGCUUUUCCCUGUAAACCAAUUAAGCCGGCUAUUAUGGGUUUCUUCAAUGCCAUUGUUGUUCACCUAUCCGUUCAUGAAGAGAAUACUACCUUGGCCUACCCUCCAGUUUGGCUUCACUAUCAACUGGGGAGUUUUGUAUUCUUGGGCAGCUGUUAAAGGAACUCUUCAUCCCAGCAUUGUUUUGCCACUCCUCAUGAGUAGCUACAUCUGGACUCUUGAAGCUGAUGCACUUUACUCCCACCAGGAUAAAGCAGACGAUGUGAAAGCAGGAGUCAAAUCUGCGGCGUUGUUUUUGGGAGAUUCAACGAAACAAAUUAUAAGUAUCUGCGCUGUGGCAUCCGUUGCUAGCUUAGCACUAAGUGCAUUCAAUGCGGAUAUUGGGUGGCCAUUUUAUAUACUAAUGGUUCCUGCCUUUGCUCAACUGGCUUGGCAGAUUUAUGCAGUUGACCUAAACAAUCCUGCAGAUUGUGGUAGGAAAUUUCAAACUAAUAAAUACUAUGGAGCCCUUGUCUUCUUCGCCAUUUUAGUUGGAAGACUGUUUUCGUAAAGAUGACAAAAUUAUUUGAAUUGGUCAAUCACCUCCUCCCUGAAUAAAUUAUUUGAUAGUGUUGGAGGACUUGGGAUGUGAACUUUCUUCCACGAGUCGAUGGAAAACGUGAAAGAUGGAUGUUUUAAUCAUAACUAGUUUUAGAACGCGCGGCACAUUCUAUCAAUAAUAUGGGACAUUGCAUUUGCAUUUUGAACAAGUUGGAAUCGCGCGUUCUUUCAAUAAUUUGGGGCAACAUUUUCAGAUUUUGGACAAGUUGGAUUAUAUAUAACAGUUUGCAGUGAUGUUGUUUUCUUUAUAGGAUAAUUCUGUUUAUUGAAUUUGUUUUAUAAUUUUAUUACCAAUGCAAGAAACUUCCAAGGAC